AUGGCACAACCAACAUUAUACCCACUCUACAAAGAAAUAUUUCCACCAACGGUGGUAGAACAUGUAAUAUGUGCGAACUUCACAGGAACAAACGAUAAAAACUUGAUAGUGGCGAAAGCAUCUGUAUUGCAAAUUUAUAAAUUCGUUGAAGACGAUUUUGUUGUUGUAACGGGCGGUGAUAGUGAAGGUGUUAGCAGUAGUAGUAGCAAUGAGGGUGUUGGUGAUAAGAGUGAUAUGGAGGAGGUAAAAGAAAAUGAAAUGAUACAGCAAAAUAUUAAAAAUAAUAAUGACAACGAGAAGAAGGAAAAAGAGAACGAGGGUCAUGUGUCUAAUACUGUUACUACUGUUCCUCAGUCGAAAUCUACCAUGAUAUCGAUGAACGCGCAUCUGGAGCUUAUUACACAGUAUAAACUUCAUGGUAAUAUUGCUUCUAUGGGAAUCGUGAAAACAAUAACGUCGGCGGCAAAAGGAUUGGAUAGUCUGAUUUUGAGUUUCAAAGAUGCAAAGAUGUCGUUGUUAGAAUUUUCGUUGGCUACUAAUAGCGUGGUCACUGUCUCUAUACAUUAUUAUGAAAGAGAUGAACUUAAGGAAGAAUCUUUGCAUUUAGAUGAAGAAGAAGUAGCAAGUAAGUGGCCGUAUCUACCUAGUUUUGUGGUGGAUCUGACGACAAUACAUCCGAGGCUCAAGAAUAUGAUCGAUAUGGAAUUCUUGAAUGAUUAUUAUGAACCAACUUUAGCUAUUCUUUUUGAGCCCAUUCAAACUUGGCCAGGGAAAUUAUUAUCAAAAAAAGAUUCAUGUUCUUUGGUGGUAGUCUCAAUAGAUCUUUCACAAAAACUAUACCCAAUAAUCUAUUCGAUGGACAAACUACCACAUUCCUGUGUGAAAUUAGUCCCGAUUCCGAAACCAGUUGGUGGAAUACUAAUAAUAACAGCAAACUCAUUAAUUCACGUGAAUCAAACUUCGCUAUUUGGAGUUUCCGUGAACGGAUACGCAACAUCAGCGACCGAUAUUCCACUAGAUUAUUCACAAGAGCAUUUUGGACUAAGUUUGGAGGGAUCACAGUACGUCGUUCUUGAUUCGCAGAGAGUUCUACUCUGCCUGCGGAAUGGCAAUAUGUAUCUAGUUGAGUUACAACUAGACGGACGACAAGUUUCCGGAAUAAAAAUCUAUGAAGCUGGACCAACUACUUUGCCAUCUUGUGCUUGUCGGAUAAAUGACCGCUAUUUCUUUUUGGGCUCAAGGUUAGGUGAUUCUUAUUUGAUGCAGUAUAAAAUAGCGCAGAUGGAUGGAGAGCGAAUAAUUGACAAAUCAAAAGAUCCCAAUCAGACUACGAAAAGGGAAGAGAUAAUGGAAACAGAUAUUCACGAAGGAGCUGAAUCAAAGGAUAGAAGCAACAACCACGGCAAAAAUAAUAAUAAUGGUGUUCAUAUUCAGAGCGCAGAAAAAGAGGAAAAAUCAUUUAAUAGCAUCGAUAUAAAAGUGUGUGAUACUCUGAUCAAUGUUGGACCUAUUUCUGAUAUGGUUUAUGGUGAACCGGUAUAUCCUGAGGGAUUUGAUAAUAGUCUACGCAAAGAACUGGAAUUGGUUAUGUGCUCUGGAGACGGAAAAAUGGGAGCUCUUUAUGUGUUUCAUCGUAAUAUCAGUCCACGAUUAAUCAGCAGCUUCAGACUAGAUCAAUGUCAAAAUAUGUGGACGGUAAACUAUCGUAGAGAAAAUCAAUUCGAAGCGAUAAAUAUUGAGCCGGGAGAACACGUAUUACAGGAAGAAGAGAAUUCGUUUGAUAAAUAUCUCUUUAUGUCUCUGGAUGCACGGACUAUGGUACUAGAAAUAGGCGAAAACCUACAGGAACUCGAACAUCCCGAAUUUUAUGCGGAUGGACCUUCUAUCGCAGUUGGCACUUUGUUGAAUGAUUUACGUAUUGUGCAAAUCGAUGAGAAAACUAAACGUCUAGAUUUUUAUCCGCAGCCAGCUCAAAUUAAUGAUGUUCCCAUACAAUCAUGCUGUAUUUACAAAGACGAUACUGGUACAUUUGCAACAAUACAAGAAACUCAAAAGACUGCUACGAACACUUUGUCGUCAUUAUCUUCUUCUUUACCAAUAGACAUUGAUGAUCAAAUAGAUAAAGAACUUUAUGGGGAUGCGGAAGAUCCUGCUGAUCAUUUACCAAAAACUGGUAAAGAACAAUCAAAAGAUGAUCAAAAUCAAGAACCAACUUCUUUUGUCAAUAUUCCGGUUAGUACUACCACUUAUUGGUGUACGUUGCAUAGAAAUGAUGGAUCUUUGGAGUCACGUUCGCAUACAGGCGAUAUUGUAAUCUACCGAGCAUUUAGAUACAUGCCCGGUGAUGAACCCUCAUCUGAAAAUACCUCCACAUUAAAUACGCCUAAUCUAGAAGAAUACCCAACACGACUAGCACUACGAUUUUCACGAGUACCUCAUGAAUAUGUCACCCGCGAACCAAUUCAUAGUGAUAUUCACGAUCAACCAGUAGAUAUGGAUGGCUCGUCAACAUCAACACAUCCUGAUGAAGAUGAUGAAUACGACCCAAAUAAUCCAACAUCAUCACCUUCGUCAGUGAAAAAAGAUCGGUCAUUUCAAUUGGUGACCUUUAAUAAUAUAGCUGGAUAUGCGGGUGUAUUUCUGACUGGUGUCAAACCUGCUUGGUUGAUUUCCUCGGGAAGGAGCUAUCUGAGAUUUCAUCCGAUGGUUACCGAUGGUGGUGUUAAAUGCUUUACGCAAUUUCAUAAUGUUAAUUGUCAACAUGGCUUUUUGUAUUCUAAUCGGAAAGAUUUUUGUCGAAUGUCGGAAUUGCCUUCAGAUUUAUCAUAUGAUAUGGAAUGGGCAUUGAGAAAAGUUCAUCUUGGUCGAACUGUGCAUGAAAUUGAAUAUCACCCAGAAAUGCAAGUAUAUGUCAUUAUGACAUCCAGACCUAUUCCUUUCCAUAUACGAGAUGAAAAUGGUGAUCCAAUUGAUGGAGAGCACGAUCCUGCACAUUUCUGUCCUGACACCUAUCGAUAUUUUCUUGAAUUAUUAUCGCCAGUUACAUGGGAGACUGUUGAUUAUCAUGAAUUCAACGAAGAUGAGCAAGGACUCUGUGUCAAAUGUGUAAAUCUGCAUACAAAAUCAACAGCAAGUGGUCGAAAAUCAUUUGUCGCUGUAGGCACGGGAUACUUUAGGGGAGAAGAUGUUGGUAUGAGAGGGACUAUAUAUAUAUUUGAAAUAGUCGAAGUUGUUCCAGAGCCAGACAAUCCUCAGACGAAUCACAAAUACAAAAUGCUAUGCUUUGAAGAUACUAAAGGCUCGGUGACUGCGAUAUGUGAUGUGAAUGGAUAUUUGUUGACUUGCGUUGGACCAAAAAUUUUCAUCCGUGCUUUUGAAGAUAACGAUCGAUUGAUAAGUGUCGCCUUUAUCGAUAUCCAAAUAUAUGUGAAUAGUGUGGUGUCAAUCAAGGACUUCAUAUUGGUGGGUGAUGUGUACAAGAGUAUUUGGUUUUUAGGGUUUCAGGAGGAACCUGCAAAGUUAGCAUUACUUGGUAAAGAUCCUCACGAUUUGGAGGUAGUUACCGCGAACUUUAUGCUCGAUAAAAAGAUGUUAUAUUUUGUUGUGUCGGAUGUGGAUAAGAAUGUGCAUUUAUUUCAGUAUGCUCCGUAUAACCUUCAAUCAUCUUCCGGCCAACGACUAUUAAAACGGGGAGAUUUUCAUGUAGGAUCCCAGGUGAAGGCGAUGCUAAUGAUGCCUCAUCGUGAAGUAUCACGAUCUGAAGCAGACCGAGAAAAGGAUCAGGAGAAUGGCCACAAUGAAGAUGAUUAUUCUGAUUGGGAGGCGAUAAAAAGGCUGUGUCUGUGUGGCACUUUGGAUGGAAGUAUAGGAAUAAUUACUCCGAUCCCAGAAAGAAUGUACAAACGAAUGCUUCCCCUCUAUUCUCAGUUAGUCAAUGGGAUACAACAUCCAGCCGGACUUAACCCAAAAGCGUACAGAUUGCGCAUGAACCCUGCAAAAGGAGUACUAGAUGGCGAUCUUUUAUUCCAGUUUCUGAAUUUGUCACUGAAUCGACAACGUGAAAUGACGAAACAGAUUGGAACUAAUCUUGAAAGACUAAUGGACGAUUUUUUGUCGUUGCAGAUUUCUUAUGAGGCUCUUGAUGAAAAACAUAUUUAA